GGAACUUGUGAGUUGUGUUGGCUGGACCACAGCAGAUGAGCUGUACUCGUGCAGCGAGGACCACCAGAUCCUCAAGUGGAACCUGCUUACCAGUGAGACCAGUCUGGUUGUCAAGCUAUCAGAGGACAUUUACCCCAUUGACCUACACUGGUUACCCAAGACCGUUGGCGGCAAGAAACAGAACCAGACUGAGAUCUUUGUCCUUACCAGCACUGAUGGGAAGUUCCACCUGACCACCAAGAUAGGGCGUGUUGAGAAGAGUGUAGAGGCACACAAGGGAGCUGUUUUGGCUGGAAGAUGGAACUAUGAUGGAACUGCUCUUAUUACGGCUGGAGAGGACGGGCAGAUCAAGAUCUGGUCAAAAAGCGGGAUGCUACGUUCAACACUCACCAGCCAAGGGUCUCCUGUGUAUUCUGUGGCCUGGGGUCCAGACUCAGACAGAAUCCUCUACACGUCAGGAAGACAACUCGUCAUCAAGCCUUUGCAGCCCAGCGCCAAAGUCAUACAGUGGAAGGCUCAUGAUGGGAUUGUUCUAAAGGUGGACUGGAAUUCAGUUAAUGACGUCAUACUGUCAGGUGGAGAAGACUGUAAAUAUAAGGUAUGGGACAGCUUUGGUCGUCUGCUUUACUCCUCAUCAUCUCACGACUACCCCGUCACCUCUUUGUCCUGGGCUCCAGAUGGAGAGGUGUUUGCCGUGGGCUCCUUCAACACUCUGCGGCUCUGUGACAAGACUGGAUGGUCCUAUGCAUUGGAGAAGCCCAACACAGGCAGUGUGUUCAGCUUGGCCUGGUCUGCAGACGGCACCCAGCUGGCCGGAGCCUGUGGCAACGGGCAUGUCAUCUUUGCCCACGUGGUGGAGCAGCAUUGGGAGUGGAAGAACUUUGUGAUCACUCUGACCAAAAGGAGAACCAUGCAGGUCAGGAAUGUUAUGAACGAUGCAGUUGACGUACUGGAGUUUCGAGAUCGAGUCAUCAAAACCUCUCUGGCAUACGGUCACCUUGUGGUCGCCACUUCCCUCCAGUGCUAUGUCUACAACUCAAGGAACUGGAAUACUCCUCUCAUCUUUGACCUGAAGGAGGGAACAGUGAGCCUCAUCCUGCAAGCAGAGAAACAUUUUCUGCUCGUGGACGGAGCAGGGUUGUAUACAUUCUCCUACGAGGGAAGAUUGAUUUCCUCCCCAAAGUUCCCUGGUAUGAGAACUGACAUCCUAAAUGCCCAAGGUGUCUCGCUAAGUAAUGACACCAUCGCCAUCCGAGACAAGAGUGAUGAAAAAGUCAUCCUUCUCUUCGACGCCCUGACCGGGAAAGCCCUUAGCGAUGGCAAGCCAUUGACUCACAAGCUGGAGGUGGUCGUUGUAGCUCUGGACCAGUGUGGCCCAUCCACUGAAAGGAAGAUUGCCCUGAUAGACAAGAACCGCGACCUUUACCUGACAUCAGUGCGUCAUCUUGGGCGAGAACCCAAAAUCUGCAAAAUUGGUAGCAUGGUCCACAGUAUAGCAUGGAAUGAUGCUGCUAACAUCCUGUGUGGAAUCCAAGACACCCAGUUCACGGUGUGGUACUACCCGAGUGCUGUCUUCACUGACAAGGAACUGCUGCCAAAAACACUGUACAUGAAGGACGGCAGUGAGUUCAGCCGUGCACCCCACAUUGUGAACUAUGUCGGCACCAAGGUGACGUUACGCCAAGGGGACGGUUCACUGGUGUACAGCAGUGUUCCUCCCUACCCAGCCCUCCUGCACGAAUACAGCACCACUGCACGCUGGGAAGAUGCACUGCGCCUCUGCCGCUUCGCCAAGGACCAAUCUUUGUGGGCAUGUCUCGCUGGUAUGGCAAUGGCAAACAGGGAGUUGACCACAGCGGAGAUGGCCUAUGCAGCCAUUGGAGAGUUACCUAGGGUGCAGUACAUCAACUUCAUAAAGGAGCAGCCAUCUAAGGAGUCGUCUUUGGCCCACAUGCUGAUGUUCAGCGGUCAGGUCCAGGAGGCUGAGGCCACCCUGUUACAAGCUGGUCUCAUCUACCAAGCCAUACGAGUCAGCAUUGACCUUUUCAACUGGGAGAGGGCAUUGGAGCUGGCAGUUAAACACAAGACCCAUGUGGACACUGUACUGGCCUACAGAGGGAAGUUCCUACAGAAAUUUGGAAGGAAGGAGACAAAUAAGAGGUUCCUGCAGUACGCUGAAGGGGUUGAGGUUGACUGGGAGAAAAUCCAGGCGAAGAUAGAGAUGGAGUUGGCUAAAGAGAGGGAGAAAGCUGCAAACACCUCUGUGAGAAGCAGCGUGGCCACCCGACGUUAAUGUUCAGGGGAUCUUUCUCUAAAACAUCCGCUUUGCAGAAAUUGAUUCCCAUGUGUUUUAGGCAUUUGGUGAAUAUCAAGUGGUUUGGCUCGGCCUCAAAGUAAUAAAAAUGUCUGUACUGAAGGUAAAAUGGCGUCAUUAGUUGAAAGUACAUUAACUUCAAGUAAAAACUAAAGGGAACAAUUGGAGUUGUGAAGAUAAGUAGACCAAGAAGAAUAUGACACACGUUUUUUUCACACUUUUACACUACAAUCUCGUGGCAAAUACCAUGUAAUGUAAAACAUUUGCACAACAUUGUACAUGUUAUUCUGUUACUGUGGGUGGAUUAUUUGACUUGAGAAAAAGUUUCUAUUAAUAUAACUAUUUUUGGGCAACAACACCAUUAUGGCCUUUCUGUCAUAUAGGCUUAACAGGGAUUUCAGUGUGUAUGUUCUAAGUUUAUUAUAAUCUCUCUGUAUUUGUCAUAAUGAACUUGGCAUGCUCAGUUAUGCACAAAUGUAUUGCUUUGUCUUUUGUCAGUGAUGUUUGACUGUGUGUUUUACAUGUAUAUAUAUAUUUUUACAGUGUAUGUAUUCAAGAUUUGUCUUCUGUAAACACUAAAAUGAAUGUCAGUUAAUAAAACUGAUGAAAAUAC